UGUACGAAUUUAAUCUUCAACGCGCAGUGAUUUUCUAUGAUAAGCAUGAACUUGUUUAGCGCAAUUUUAACAAUGUGAUGAAAAUCAAGCUGAGCAAGCAGACGGGAAGAGAAAGCUGAUUAUCCUCCAUCGAUGAAUUCUAGCUCAGAUGAAACUUCUGAAAUCAGUGACUCAGAGAUUGAUGAUUAUGAGGCCAAAUCAUACCUUCAACUGAAGACGGAAAAACUUAACAUAAAAGUCUCAGAUGGAAGCUAUAGGUGCCCAUUUUGUUUGGGAAAGAAAAGGCAAUUUUACCAGUACAAGGAUCUCCUUCAACAUGCUUCAGGAAUUGGUGCUUCUAACAGGAAGGCAAAGGUGAAGGCAGAUCACCAUGCCCUUGUAAAAUACUUGAAGAAUGAUCUCGCCAACACAUCAAAUCCAUCGCCACAACUAAUGAUUGUUGAACAGGACCCUCCUAAAGCUGAACAAGCUGAUCAAUUUGUUUGGCCAUGGAUGGGCAUUGUUGUGAAUAUUCCAACAGAAUUUAGGAAUGGGAAGUAUGUUGGUGAAAGUGGCAAUAGGCUUAAGGAGCAGCUCUCUAGAUUUAAUCCCUUAAAAGUCCAUUCUUUAUGGAAUUUCAGGGGGUUUACUGGAAAUGCGGUUGUGGAUUUCAGUAAAGAUUGGACAGGAUUUAAAAAUGCUAUGGCAUUUGAGAACCAUUUUGAAGCCGAUCAUUUUGGUAAACGUGAUUGGAUUGAAAAAGACCGUCAUGGCUCCGGAAUAUAUGGAUGGGUGGCUCGUGCUGAUGACUACCAUUCAGGUGGGCCUAUUGGGGAUCAUCUACGAAAAAAUGGAGAUUUAAAGACCGUGAGUGACAUAACUGGAGAAGAAUUGCGAAAGAAGAGCAUACUUGCCCAAGUUUUGGCAACACAGGUGGAAUCCAAGAAGAAGCACAUUGAGGAACUUGAGAGCAAAUACAAUGAGAAAUCUAUAUCACUAGAUAAGAUGAUGGAAGAAAGGGAUAAGCUACUCGAGUCUUAUAACAAUGAAAUUCAGAGAAUGCAGCGCAUUGCCCAAGAACAUUCUCGUAGGAUUAUUGAGGAGAAUGAGAAAUUAACGAUGGAGUUGGAUUCUAAAAGAAAUGAGCUUGCAGCAAGAUCUAGGCAACAUAAUGAACUAGUUGCUCAAAGUGAUUCUGAUAAGAGGAAACUUGAAGACGCAAAAAGGAAGAAUGCUCUCAUGAACAGUUCGCUCAAGUUGGCUUCCAUGGAACAGAAGAAAGCUGAUAAAGAUGUCCUGAAGCUCGUUGAAGAACAGAAGAUUGAGAAAGAGGGUACAAUGAAGAAGAUUAUGGAGAUAGAGAAGCAGAUUGAAGCAAAGCAAAAGUUGGAACUAGAAAUUCAACAGCUAAAGGGAAAUUUACAAGUAAUGAAGCAUAUGGGAGGUGAAGAUUCUAAAGUUAACAAUAAAAUAGAGGAGCUGAAUGAAGCUUUAAAAGAAAAAGUGGAGGAAUUGGAAGAUCUCGAAGCCCUUAAUCAAGUUUUAAUAGUUAAAGAAAGGAAAAACAAUGAUGAACUGCAAGAAGCUCGAAAAGGACUGUUAGCUGGCCUGUCGGAUAUUCUGAGCAAUCGUACAGUAAUUGGCAUAAAGAAAAUGGGUGAAUUAAAUGAGAAGGUUUUUUAUAAUGCAUGCAUCAAGAAAUAUCGGAAAGAUAAUGCGGAUGUAAAGGCUGCAGAACUUUGCUCCCUGUGGCAAGAUGAAUUGAAGAAACCGGAAUGGCAUCCUUUUAAAAUGGUCACAAUUGACGGAAAGCUUCAGGAGAUAAUAAAGGAAGAUGACGAUAAACUAACUGCAUUGAAGGCAGAAAUGGGCGAUGAAGUAUACGCAGCAGUCACCACCGCUUUGCUGGAGAUGAACGAGUAUAAUCCAAGUGGCAGAUAUGUCGUCUCUGAACUCUGGAGCUUUAAAGAAGGGCGCAAAGCUUCUCUAAAAGAAGUCAUACAGUAUGUCCUGAAGCAAUGGAAGACAAAUAAAAGAAAAAGGUGAUUACCUUUAAUGUUUAUAUUUGCUUGAAAUCAUUUAAUAAGAGAUAUAAAUUCUGUUCAAGUAUUUGGAUCACUUUGGUAAAAGUGAUUCUUUUUCGCUGUUCCGGCUUUUUAUUUCCUUCCUAUGGAACAUUGUUAGAACGCACUUUGAGUUAAUCGGACUUGUUGGGCCA